AUGGCAGAUGCCGCUCUGUGCAUGUGCCAUCCGACGAGCUGCCUUAUAAUUAAUCCCACGAACGAUGCGCUGGAAAACGCCGAAUCAAGUUGUCCGAUGGAGAAAAACGACAUAAAUGAUCUGAUGAUCGUACGCUUCAACGACUACACGCUGACAGCUGGAUCUUUCGGUUCUUUCCCGAACCUGACCGCUCUGGAAAUAUACCAAGGAACUUUGAGCAACAUUGAACCGGGAGCGUUCGAGAAAACACCUAAUCUAACGAAAGUUAUCAUCCGCAAUAACAAGAUCAACACGCUGCAGGACGAUACUUUCCGCGGACUGGACGCACUAGAGAUCCUGUUCAUUAUCUCAAGCGAGCUCACUACCAUCGGCCCGAACGCAUUUAAUGGCCUGAAGAACCUUACCCAUCUCACCUUAAUGGGCAACCAACUCACACAACUGCCGGAAAAUCUGUUCGCAUCCUCUCCUGCGCUCAAAGCGAUUAACUUGGCACACAACCUCAUAAGCAACGUUUUGCCAGCUGGUAUUUUCAACAAUAUCAUUGAACUGGCCCGACUCGACCUGUCUCACAACCAGUUGACUGCGUUCGAAUUUCCUUCUCUAAAGGCGUCACACGUGUUGUUGCACAACAACUCGCUGACUACCCUGUAUUUGAACGAUCAUUUCACGCUGGUGCAGGCCGAACAUAACCGUAUCAGCAAGCUAUCUGGGACGAGUGCGAAAUUGCACACUCUGCAUCUCACUGAAAAUAAUCUCAUUGACGCUAGUCCCAUCUCGCGAAUGAUCAACCUGACCAAGCUCACCCUGAGCAACAAUCCACUACAGCCCAACAGUGUGUUCAACAGCCUGCGAAGAUUGGAACAGCUACUCCUAAGCCACACCAACAUCAAGAUCACCAAUGAAACGUUCGCCAACAUGGCCGAGCUGAAGCUGCUGGAUCUUUCGUACAACAACCUCAAAGAGCUUGAUUUCAGCAUGUUCUCAGGCCUCGUCGAGCUACAAACGCUCAUCGUGGCGUUCAAUAACAUAGACAAGAUCAACUUCCUCGAACAGCGCGAGUACCUGCCGAAACUGCGCGUUCUGGAGAUUUGUGGAAACGGUUGGAACGCUACCUACCUGAGUCAUGUGCUAGAGUACAUGAAAAUGUACAAGCUAAAGGCCGAUAUGCACGGAUUCUCACACACAAUGCUCUUCAGGGACACAUUCAUGGAACUGUGCGCCAACGGGGAGCAGGCUCCUAAGGAGGUACAUUACGACGACUACGAUUCCUCUAUGGAGAGCCUUCCGUCGGUAUCUUUCGAGCAACAGUUCGCUGAAUUUUAUCCUUCAUCUACCACAACUUCUACGGCAAAGCCUACUGCUUCUUCUACCGUUAGCACAACCACGCCCAAGAGGACCACGUCUAAGAUGACGACGACUUCUACGACCGGUCUACCGAAGCCAUCGGCCGAGCCUUCCGUUCGACUUGCCACAGACACCAUGGUCCCAGUAGUGGCCCCGUCGUCCGGAACCAACGAGCAGCCCGCAGAAGUCGGAUCUUCUUCCUUGUAUGUGACGUUCCAGGUGAUAGUGUACACAUUUGCAGUGUUUGGAGUCGUUGCCCUUGGCGUAGUGGCAUACUAUAUGCACCAGCGACGCUUGGACGUUCGUCGGAUUUCUUCAAUGGAUGGAGUUGAUUCUGUUCGCCUUGUCUAG